ACCGUACGCCAGCCAUCGGAGUCCUCGGAUUUCAGUCCUCGGCUGACUGUCAACCGUGCUGGACGCUUUGCUUCUUCGUUCGCGGGUGAUAACGGCACUCUUCAGAAGGGACAGCUUUCUUCAGCCUCUUCAAGGCGGUGGACAGAGUUGGUGGACGGCAACAAAAAGGGAAGAUUCGUAAUUUGGCAAGAUUCCUUUAAGUGUGUGUGCGGCACAGGCACAGGACUUGCGGCCCAGCCUUCCGCGACACCAGUGAGGGCUGAUCAGUGUUGCUGCGUUGGUGGCGUUGUCUUCUGUGCAUGUGCGGUGUAUUUUCAUUGCAGUGAAGUGAAAAUUUGGUUCGCGUGGCACACUGGCCACUGAAGUGUGACGAGCUAAGUCGAUAAAUUAGUGUCAAAUCAAUCAGUGGAGAAAGCGGGAAACACACCCGCGCGGAACGCCGCCCGCAAGUGCUCGAUCAAAAACUCGCAACGGCACUUUGCUUAGUAGGCUGGAGGGUUGUUUUUUUUGCCCCCUUUUCUUUUCGUUUUGUAAAAACCGGAGUUGAUGGAUUUUGUUGAAGGCUUGUUGUGACACUCGCAGCGAGACGCAGCGAGCAAAACCAGGUCGUCGUAGAAGGCGGUGUAGGUUUUGCUCGACUAAAAAUUUCACCCCGCGCGGACACAAACGAGCGAGGAGCAAACUGGACGGUGUUGUCGUCGUGGCUGGGUAGUGCAAAGUGAAGUAGGUAGUGGUUGUUGGCGUCGUCGUCGUCGUCGGGUGGACUUGCUCAACUUUGAAGGGCGUUCUUCAUUGUUAUUCAUCGUCUUCUUCAUCGUACAGCAGCGCGCACCACCACUACCUAAAGGAGCGCGAAAGGAAUCCCAGCUCCAGGCCAACGGCCAUCGCAAGUACGUCAGCCGUUGUUUGCGAGCCAAACGAAACCAUAAGUGAAGUGGUUCCUGGGUGUCUGGCCGAACCGUACUCGCUCUCUGUGUCGCUCGCGGACUCGGACAAGAGGACCGCUUCGCUGGGUGCAGCACCCAACUCUUUCACUCCCCCAAACUCGGAGCAGCUGGGAAAUCGAAACGAAAAACUACAACUCCCGUAUAUUCGGAUGUGAGCGGUGUGUGCAGUGCGCCUUUCUGACCACGGAUGAUCGUGUGUGUCCUGUCGUGACCGAGCGGCCGAAGGAGUGAGAGAGCAAGUGUUCCUGUGUGUGCAUGUGUGUGUACAGCUUGUGUGUGUGAAAGUAGAGAAAGUUUACCGAGCGCAAACACACCGCAGCCCGUGUAGGGAAUCGUUCGAAUUUUAGAUCAACAUAUUGGCUGCCAGGUGAUCAAGGAAGCCCGAGCCACGGAGGGAGGAGCGCUUUGCCGUGGAACGGGAUGGAUUAGUGCAAACGGUUUCGUACGAAGUGGAUUGGUUUUUGCGAUUCGAUUGGAUUCGGAAUUGAAUUUCGAGACUCAGGAAGAUAGCAAAAAAAAAAAGAAGCAAAGCGGGCGGUGUGUACAACCGGAAGCUACCAUCACCACACCGCACACGGUCGGUGAAAAGUGUGACAAAAAUCAACCAAAGCAUCACAACCGGGUGUGUGUGUGUCUAAGGGGAACUGCAUACUGCUUUUCCGUUCCAGCGCGAGCGGGUGGGUGGUUGGCCACGGUGCAGGUUUAACAUACCGGAAUCGAUGUCAACAUCCGCCGUGCCGCCGGCGGGGCCAGUGAUGAUGGGUGGCGGCGCCAGUGACCGGAAGCGUCCGGCAGCUGCACCGAUGCACGCCGGGCUGAAAAUAUGUAAAAUUGAAAUCGGAAAAUGUUUGCUUUUCGUCACGCUGCUAACGAGUGUUUGCUUUCAAGGCGCCCGCGCCGAUGAGGGCGAUGCUGGGGCGACCCCGGCCGAUCCGCAUCCGCCGCCAACGAACGAACCCGAAACAUCGACCGGUUGCCCACCGCCGGAUUUGAAGAUUUCCCGACCCCGCAAACAGUACGCUACCACCGAGCCCCCGUUCGUCACGUUCGAGACGACGCAGAUCUAUCUGCCGCAAGAUUUCACCACCGCCGACUUUGAGCUGGUCGAGGCGGGCAAGUCGGGUACGAACGCACUGCGCAGCCAUGCCGAGACCGGUGGCCAGAGUGGGUCCUCCUCCUCCUCCCUGCACGGCGGCGGCGGCUCGCACGACACGUCCUUCUGGUGGGAGCUGGGCAUCCAAAAUGCGGAGGUGCGCGAAUCCUUAGCGGCCGCCUCGUUUCCUGCCCGUUCCAAGCGCGCGACGGUGCCGAGUCAGCGGCAGCGGCAGCACAACCACCACCAUCACCACCGUCGGCGCCGUCGGUCAUCGUCGGGACCGCACGACCACCUGCUCAACCUGGAGGAGCUGUCGCCGGCCAUCGUGAUCAAUAACAUCUUCAACGAGAACGACAGCGACCACAGCGUGUACGAUAAUCUGUUCCUCAACAGCGGAGCGCCGGACGCGGACGAGGUGGACGAGCGGGAGGCCGACAACGGACCGGACGCGGGGCAGUAUCUGGACAAGAACGAGAUCGAGGGCGAAGAGAUCAUCGUCGAGAUGGGCGACAAUGGGAGCAUCAUCCGCCGGCGGGUGAAGCGCAAAUCGGGCAAGACGACGGGCGCGCUGAGCCGUGCCAAGGCGGGCAGCGGUGGUGACGGUGGCAGCAAGAGCAUCGCCCGACAUCAUAAGCAGGAUCAAACGAGUGCGGACGGCCUGGAAGCGGUCGAGCUUGCCGAGGACGGUACUGCCGGAGGUGGCGGUGACCAGCAUCAGCCGGGCGGGGGUGGCCGGGGCCAGGUCCGGGUGAAGCGCAAGUCGGGCAAAGCGACCGGUGCGCUCAGCCGGCCGAAGGGGGCCAGUGACAGUGGCAGUAAGAGUAUUAGUCGCAAUGCCAACAAAGGGCAGUACGAUGAGGAUGGCAGCUACGUGCCGCCGCUACCCGACUCGGCCGAAAACCCUGACCGGGAGGACAAGGAAAGCGAGGAGGUCGACGAAAGCCCGGAGCUGCACCAGUUCCGGGAGGUGUCGGAGGUGCGCUUCCCGGGCGAGGUCGGACCGCUCGGCGGGCACCGGCUGUGCAAGAUCCAGUGCAUCCGGGGCCACUGGGUCGGGCCGCUCUGCGCGAUGAACGAGCACGAGCAGGACGAGCACGGCCAGCUCAAGUUCGAGCCGCUGUACAAGCGGUGCGUCGUCGAUCACAUCCCGCCCCAUCUGCUGCUGAGCUACAAGAACGUGUCGGUGACACUCGGCUGGGAUCUGCCCCACGGACACACGCUCCAGGCACGGUGCCGUGAUCUGGGCCUGUACAAGCUGCUCGGCGAGUCGAAGGUCCUCUGCUCCAACGGGCUGUGGGCACCGAAGAUGCCGUCCUGCGUACCGACGACGCUGCUAACUAAUUACUCUGACGACAGUCCACCAUCGAUCCGCAUCAAGGUGGGCGUUGGGUCGGCCGCGUACGAACCGUCGGGCGUGCUGGCCGUGCUGCCGACCAGCACCAUCCAUCUCGACUGCAUGUAUCCGCGCCGCCGCGGCUCACCGGAAUGGACCUGGACCGGUUGGUUCCGGCAGUAUCUCACCGGCUGGUCAGCGGUACCGGAGGAGAAGGCAUCUCGCUAUCGGCUCACGAUUAAGGACAUACAGAAUCAGGACUCGGGCACGUACACGUGCGCCUCCCCCCGUGGGCUAACGAACAGUAUCGUCAUCGUUGUGGCCGUGUCCCAGUGUGCCGCACUGACGGAGCCGAACCCACCGCUGUCGCUGCGGCUCGAGGGCAUCAAACUGGGUCAGCGGGCGCUGUACCGGUGUCCCCUGGGUUACAUGCUGCAGGGUACGGCCAACGCGACCUGUCUCGCUUCCGGAAACUGGUCAUCACCGACGCCCACCUGUCAUCCGAUCCAGUGUCCCCCGCUGUUCCUGGAGGAUCCCCACCUCAGCCUGGUCGAGCUGAACACGUCCGCCUGGGGCCGGGCAGUGUUCCGCUGUGCCUGGGGCUACCGGCUAAGCGGCCCGCCCGGGCUGGAAUGUGAACCGAACGGACACUGGAGUGGACCGAUACCGCGCUGCCGUGCCAUUCAAUGUCCACAGCCACUGGUUCCAAUAAACGGCAGAAUCGACGGCACCAGUGGCCUGACGACGUUCGGUCAGCGACGCUAUGCGGUCGGGGCACUGGUAACGUUCAGCUGCACCGAGGGUCAUCUUCUCGUCGGCGAGGCGUCAAUUGUCUGCACCGAAACCGGAUUCUGGUCACACCCGCCCCCGUUCUGUAACGCAGUGCCCGUAUCCCGGCGAUCCACCGAAUGGUCUGAUUGCACCGCUGAAGUUCCACUACGAUCCGGGAGACUACCUGACCGUCCAGUGCCGGCCGGGCUUCGUCGAGCACGGUGCGAACGGUGGCCCCCCGGAACGUCCCCGCUGUACGCCGGAGGGUGAUUGGUCCGGGCCGGUGCCGCAGUGUCGAAGCUACGAAGAGAUUUAAGCGUUAGUGCAGGAAGCAAGCAAGGAAAAUCACCGGAAUUUCUCGUUCGAUAAACAUCUCGCAGGCAGCCCCGACAUUACCCCUUAUCGAGAGAUCGCUAACGACAUGUGUGCGUGUGUGUGUGCGUGUGUGAGAGUGAUAGCAAGGAUAAGGGAUGAUGUGUGAUUUCAAUAGAAAUUAAAAAGAGAAAAACUUCCCAAUAAUUACAGGCGCACAAGAGGACCUCCCCCUUCCCCCCCCCCCCUCCGUUCCAAACAAAAAAGAAGACACACACACACACUGAAGAAGUGUCGAUUUAAAAGUCCUUGUGAUAAAAAGAAAUUACUUUUCUUUCCCACGGCAAUGGAAUAUAGGGGAUGGAACGACCAUGCAUUAUUGCCAAUCGGGUCAAAUCGGUGGCAUCGCCGGAAGAAAUUAAACAAAAAAAAGAAACCAAACCAAGGAGGCCACUACUCCACAUUGAAGUUCGCCUUCACCUUAACGAGUAAAAAGAAGAAUAAAAAAAAAAACAUUGAAAAAACCAAUAAUUAAAGAAAAAAACACACACUCAUGCAAAAAUCUACUUAUACAUAUUUAUAAAAGUACAAGUUUAACAUACACGACGAACAACAAGGAGGAGGUGUUGCGGCAGUUGCGCACCGGUCCCUUGCCGGGACAUAGGGGUACCAGCGUACAGGUUGCGGAAAAUGGGGCGGGUGGCCGGCCGAGCAUUCCAUUAGUAUCUUGAUGAAUAGUGCCACACACUGCUAUUCAACAGCAACGCAACAACAUAUGAAGGGCAUCUCCCCCUGUUCGUAACUGUUAAAGAAUCGAGUGAACCUGAAAAAACAGGUGAAGCCUCAACAGGCAGAAUGUACGACUACUCAUUAAGGCUAAAACAGUCUCAAAAACAGGCAGGGCAAAAAGGGGGCAAAUGGGUUGAGCGUGUAGGUGGACUGAACUGAGCGUAUGUUUUUUUGUUGUUGUUGCAGAAUGAAGCAAACAACCCAUAUGAGAGGAUAAAAGGGCAAAAAAAUUGCUGUACACAAACACAACCACAAACACUAGCAUUGCUCCUUUUUAGAAUACCCUCCAACACUUACCCCUUUUAGUCGGUUUUAAGACGAGAAUGGUACAGUUUAUUACAUCAACCUGCAUACUUAUAUAGUCAGAUGCAUAUUUUAAAUUAAAAAAAUGAAGAAAGAGAGAAACAAGGGGGAGAAACAGCACAUCUACGAUGAAAAAGAUGAUUAAAGUGAGGUAUAACGAAGUGCGUGCAAAAAACAUUGCAUACAUCGAGGCGCAUAAAACAAAGUGUGACGAUUGCCUACAUUCAGGAGCAAAAGAAGCACGAAAGCACAAAAUGAAGCCAUUGCUCUCGGUACAUUUGUUUGGCGUCUUCCGCCCCGUAACUAUCACCAUUUCAACUAAUCAAACAGCAAACAAACUGGAAAAUCACUCCUCACCCGCCCCUUGCUUGCGUUUAUUACACUUACCACGCGUACGCUACACAAAAAAACCAUAUCAGCAUAACGGACGAUAUCAGACUAUUAAAACGAAUAUACGAAACCACAACUUGCAAGCAAGCAAUGUAUAAACGGGCUUCAACAUAAUUGUGUUUUUGUUUGUGUGUGUGAGUGCCGGGAGGCUACCCGAUCUUAAAUUAGUGUAAUAUAAAGAAAGCGCAACAGCCUCUUCACAAUGCUAUACAUAUUUUAUCUUUACCCAAAAGAACAUACGAGCAGAAACAAAAACUAAAACCAUAUCUCUCUUUAACAAAUACACGCGCACACACUCGAAAGCUACUAACAACACACCCCCUAUGCUGAUUGGCACGGUCGUCACCAUCGGCUGUAUGUAUGAACCUUGAGCAGAACCCAGAAUCAAAAUGUCUACACACAAACUAGAAGAAAAAAAAACCCAGUAAACCCCGAUGCGAUUAGUUUAAAGCAAAAAGGAUACAUAUUUACAAGCAAAGCAAAAGCGAACAGUGCAGCAGAAGAAAUACAUCAUCGAGGAGUAGGAACGGAAUUAGUACACGCGAAAAUAGAAGCCUAAAACCUCUAGGAAAAGAGAAAAAAAGGAAGUCAUCGGGAAGUGUGUGUGCAACACAACCGGCAACGGGAUUAUAUCAGCAACCUUCCUAGUACGACACGUUACACUUCGGAAGCGCCUUUCAUACGCACUCAUUAAGCUUUCCAAACCGUAAAGUGAGUGGUGGUGUUAAAAUCAGAAAAGGCAGGAACCUCAUUAGUGUGAGAGUGCAGUGUGGUGUUGUUGGUUUGAGGAUUUCAGUUCCUUUGAAACGCAUCCAACCGUUGCUGUUGUGCAGUGCGUUAAGCUCUUGCGUCCCGUUGCCCUGGUAACGCACGUGGUUUUGAAGCGCAUUUGAUCGAAUGCGCGUGCAGUGUGGUGUUUUUAAUUGGCCUCACGAUGAUUACAGUGCUGGUGGGUGCGAAUGCAUGGCAAGGCAUUACAUUACUUACGUUUGUUGUCAACUUGAUAUUGAAUCACUUAAAUUAAGCUUAAAUCAAGCACCCUCCAACACACACACACACACACACACUCACGCAAAAAUACACAAACGAAGAACAGAAUGAACGAAGUAACAUGUACGAUCAUCGAUAAUGCAUUGGGCUGUAUCAUAGGGAGGUAUCAGUGAGAGCGAGAGAGAGAGAGAGAGAGAGAGAGAGAGAGCGAGAGAGAGAAAGAGAGAAAGAGAGAGAUAAAAAGAGAAAGAGAGAGCGAGAGAGAGAGAGAGAGAGAGAGAGAGAGAGAGAAAACGAAACAAAAGACAGCAGCAGCAGCUGCAGCAACACAAAAUAAAAACAAACAUUUAUGUAAAACACAACAAACCACAACCUUGCAAUUUGUUGUCGUUUUGUAAGUAAUACAAUUUAAAGUGUGAAUAAAACAUACAAAAAAAAAAGAUCAUAUGGAAACUUA